AUGUCCGGGAAUCCCUUCCGCGCCUCGCUCGUGCUCCAGAACCACCCCGCCGCCGCUCCCCCGACGAGUGUCCCCCCUGCUGAUAGCAGCGACAGAAGAGAUGAAGGGUACGCCGAGCGCGACGAUGACUCCGUGCUUGGUGCUUCAUCUGCGCCUACGAAGACAAAGAAAACCGUUCGCAUAGAGUCGCCCACCGAGACCAUCCCUCCAUAUCCGGACUUUGGUCAUGUAGAAAACGAAACUUUCUACGGCACAAAUACCGGCCGUUAUGCCGGUUCGCCGCCGCUCGAGUCAUCCCCGGCAUACACGGACGAACUCGCAGAUCGAUAUCCUCAAGAUCCCGCUAGGCAACAGGUGGAUGAACGCGGAAUGCUAGGCAAUGAGUGGAAAAGUACGGGAACUCCUCAAUCUGCCACCUCGCCCAGCGGAGCUCCUGCGAAUCCAUUCUCGCGAACGCUGGCUACCAUCGAGUCUCAGGAGAAAGGUGGGAACACAACGGGGCCGUCAAAAGAGCGGACUCCUACCGACAAGGUCUCGCACGGCCCCAAGCGACAAUCGUUGAACGUCGAAGGCUUCAAAAACCUGUUGAUGCAAGGCAUUGCCAGUCCACGUAGUUCCGCACCUCCACUGAACGCUCCUGCCCCUUCCUCGAACUCGCUCAGCCCUGCCGUCUUCGAAAGCAGCAGCAGUACCGACACCUCCUCAAUAUCACGACAGUCAAUAUUUGAUACUACGCAAGAACCGCAUCCCGAAUCACCGCGAACAUCUUACGAUAUGACAGCCUCAGAUGAUGAGCAUGCUGGUCUUAUGGGAGGGGUGGCACCCAAGAAAGAGAAGAAGAAACCACCGCCUGCGCCGAGACAUCGCCACGGAAAGCUGGUAAAGGAGAGGACGCCGCAGACGGUUUCAUUCGAGGGAUUUUCGGCUGCAGAGACGACGCCUGAGCUUGAACCUUCGAAGAGGACGAACUCGGAUCUGAAUAAGCCGCUUCCUCCCACACCUCCCACUACCAUCUCAGCACCAGCACACAUCAUUACACAAGACACCUCCACUCAAGUCUCCACAUCAAUAUCAGAGGGCAGAGACAAUGAAACGGCAAGCAUAUCAGAAACAGCGCCGACACCAACACAAAAGAAAGUGCCACCGCCAGUCCCACUGGCAAGACGGCAGAGCCAACUGCGUAGCUCUACCACAGGAAACAGAUCACGCAGCAACUCCUCCCUCACUAUGUCCUCGCAACACUCGACUGACCUCCCACCAAUAAACUACGGCCAGGAACCUACUUCACAUCUCCCCACCACGUCAAAAGCCCCACCACCACCUCCACCCUCUAGGCGCCACGGCAACGCCCUUUCUACCAUAAACACACCCAGUGCAAACUGCUCGUCCAACGAGCUUUCCACCUCCGCCCGCCCCACAACAUCCUCGCCCAUCCCUCCAUCUUCUCGCCGCACAACGCUUACCUCGGAGCCCUCGUCCCCGGUCUCAGGCCUAGCGCGCACCUCCUCGAUACAGUCCGCGCGCGACACCUCGCGCGCCGUCUCCGGCGAGAGCACCUCCAAUCUUCCGCCUCCACCCCCGCCCCCACGCCGCCGACAAUCAGGCCGCUCAAGCCUCGACAUACAAAGGCCUAGUCUACCGUCAUCAUCGCCGGUAGGUUCGCGGCACCCGAGCUCAGAGUACAAGCGAAACAGCCGUAGCUCUAUCGAUGGAAAGAGGCAGGGUAGUAUUGCGAGCGUGAGUUCGCUGAGUAGGGAGUAUGCGCCUGCGGAUAAGGAUGAACAGGCAUUGUAUUCGCCGAGGGAGGAGCCAGAGGAGCAGUCAGAACAGCCGUUUGGGGAGGGAAGGUUGUCGGUAGGCAAAGAAGAAGGGGACGCGAAGAGGAAGGAUGGGAGCAAUGCGAGUAAAAUCCUGGACGAUAUGGAGAGGUUCCAGAAAGAGAUUGAUGAGCUGAGGGAGAGGUAUCAGAAGGCGGCUUAG